UCUGCUAUCUGCCGGCUGUGAGCGGAAACACGAAACAUGGCGGCAGUAAAUACCAAAGAAGUUAUGAUAAACUGAGGCUGUGUUGUUUUGUGUAGCCAACGAAAGUGACUAAGUGAGUGAGGCCUUGAUAAGUAUGUGACGGGUGUAAUUGUGCAAAUCUCGCUGUCGAGCCGGCGUGGACGCCCGUGUGAGCGAUGAUGCGUUGGCACGUCAAGGAGGUUUACUGUUACAGUGUUACGCCGACGUGUUGCGCUGAACGGAUAGAAUUAUUGUGACAAUGAAGAUUCAGGCCUGUCAUCAAAUCUUCUCGGACUCUGGAAUCAGUAAUCUUCAUCUUUUCUGACAUGGCAGCAUUCGUACAUCAGUUUAGAGACUCUUUAAAAUCGUGUGCAGUGUAAUGGUGUUGCGGAAAUAAACUUAGGUUACAUUGCUGUAUGUUGAGUUACACGACAUAACCGUCUACAUAUGUGAUUCUGAUACAGUUCAUGGUAAUAGUCUGUAUAAGGGUUGCUCAAAUUAGAAGUCUUAUCUCUCUGAAGCUGUUAUCUUUACUUUACAUUAUAAACUGAACUUCUUUUUAAUUUAAAUUGACACAAGUUUCUCAGUUAAUGUGUCAUGAAAUCUAUCAACAGCAUUUUUCUUUGACUGACAGUAACAUACAGUGUCCAUUCCUUACCAUUUAAGGUAUGAAUAGAAAAUUUGAGAAUAGGUGCUGAUAGUUUACUAGUCAUACAGUGUUUAAAGAUAAUUUAUUGCAAUAUCUUCACAUUCACUUAUAGAUGUGUCUAUUUAAUAGUUUUCUGCAGAACAUAUAAAAAAUGGACAAGAAGAAUACUAUGAUACAUUCCAUUAUCAUAAUUGACAGAGUGGAGGAUUCUAACUGAAGUUGUUAACCUCUGUUCGAAGAAUACACACACACACACACACACACACACACACACACACACACACACACACACACACACACGAUUUAGCAUCAAAUUUUUUGAAUGUCUGCAGUUGUACUUAAAUGAUUUCACGAGAUGGAAUGAAAACUGCUCCCCAUUUAGAGAUAAUUUCUUGCGUGCAUUUUGUGUUUAUUCUUUUUAGUCAGCAUCUGUCCCAAGGGGAAGAUUGUAUAAUUCAUCUAAACAAGGCUGUUAUCUAAUUCACGUGCUGGUGUAAGGCAUGAAACCUUUUAGGGAGACAUUUCACUGUUCAUUAAAUAGGGAGUUGCAACACUUGUACAGAGAGUCACUUAUUUCAUUUGUAAUCGGAUUGUUUUUGAGUGAAGCAUAUUAAGUAUGUGAGUUGUACAGUGUGGAAACAUGUGUUAUGAGAGAAACUUUUGUGAACAUUGCCAGAUAGAUGACUUGGCUGAGAAUACUAGUAUAUUUUUUGCUAGAAAAUAAACUAUACAAAUGGUGCUGUGAUAUUUCAGUGGCUGAAGAGUUUCGAGUAACUCUGGCAGAGUGACGCUGCUAUAUUUUUUUGUCCCUAUCAGUUUUGUGGAAGACAGUGGUGUGAAAAACACAGUGCUCAGUGUUUGUUUGUUUUUGACAUUGGUAUUGUGCUGAUUGAGACUGACAGAUCACCAGUUUCUUUUAAGCGCAGUGUGUCAGAGCGAAACGUGGAAGAUUUUCUCAGUGUUUGUUUUGUCUUGCUAAGUGUGAACUGACCUGUGAGUUCUCAGGGCUUCAAAAUGAAGAACCACCACCACCAUCAGCACGGCUACCACGGCAGUGAAGAUGAUGAAAGUGGCAGUGAUUCGCCUGCCCUCCUCCCACACGCUUCACCCACAGCGAGUCUCCUGCCCGAGGACACUCCACCCCCACACGGCCUUCGUGAUCCCCCGGGCCUCUUGAAUGCCCGGGCCAUGUUCUUCCUUGUCCUGUGGUACUUCUUCAGUGGCUGCACUCUCUUCCUCAACAAGUACAUCUUGUCGUACUUGCAGGGCGACCCCACGGUUUUAGGCACAUUCCAGAUGCUGAUGACGGCAACGUGCGGCUUCGUCCAGAUGUACUUCCCCUGCGGCAUGUACAAGCCCGCGCCGCGAAUGGCGAGGCCGCCCGGCUUCUACUGUCACAUGCUGCUCGUCGGUUGCACCAGGUUCACAACAGUAAUCUUAGGCCUGGUGGCUCUGAACUACGUUGCGGUGAGCUUCACGGAGACCAUCAAGAGCUCCGCACCACUCUUCACCGUCCUCAUCUCCAGGUACCUGCUUGGUGAGACGACGGGCCUGUACGUGGGCCUGUCCCUCAUCCCCGUGAUGGGCGGCCUCGCGCUCUGCUCCGCCAACGAGCUGAGCUUCGACACGCGGGGCUUUAUCGCCGCCAUGGCCACCAAUCUCACCGAGUGCCUGCAGAAUGUAUAUUCUAAGAUGCUCAUAAGUGGAGAGAAAUUCAAAUACACGCCAGCCGAGCUGCAGUUCUACACGAGUGUGGCAUCUGUCGCCGUGCAGGUUCCCGCCUCGCUGUUCCUCGUGGACUUCUCGGGAGUGCGCAGGUCGACAGACCUGGGCCUCUUCGUCUCCUUCGUCCUGAACGGCGUUUUCUUCCAUUUCCAGAGCAUCACCGCGUACGUGCUGAUGGACUACAUCAGCCCUGUAACACACAGUGUGGCCAACACGGUGAAGCGUGCGUUCCUCAUCUGGCUGUCGGUGCUGCUGUUCGGCAACGCGGUGACGAUGCUGUCAGGCCUGGGCACGGCGACAGUGAUCGCGGGCGUGCUGCUGUACAACAAGGCGCAGGACAUCGACCGGCGGAGGCGGCUGCGCCACGGGCCCGGCGAGGAGCAGUUUUCCAUUGGUCCGCUUUAUUCCCUUCUUCAGCAGGGUGUGUUGCUUAUAUUAAACAAAUUCUGCAGGCUGUGUGAGAAGAGCGUGCAGGGCGCGUGACACUUCCCUCGCUAUACCAGUAUUGCUUCGUUUGUAUGAGAUGUUUUUAUUAUUUUCGUAACAAGAAAGAUGUUGGAUGUUGUUGUUGAACUUUGCACAUUUUUGUCAUGAAAUGUUUUAUAGCACAUGGAAGAAAGAACUUUUUGUAAUAAAUGUUCGUUCCC